AUGAACUUCUCAGGAAAACUGAUUUAUUUCAUGAGCCACGCUUUCGGUCCACCGGUUGUCCCUAAAACUUCCCAACUAUUCGCUCCUGUAUUUAAACGUAUAAGCGGGAUGAGUGAGCCUGUUGUCAACAAGGGCCAAGAGAUUGCAGAAGAUGUGAUCGAAAGAUGGGAAACCAGCGAUAAUCCGAUUGUUCACAAGAUUCAGGACAUGAAUGAGACAAUGUUUCAGGAAACAGGUUCUGCAUCAACUUACAAAGAGAUACGCAGUCGAGACCCAUCGUUCUCCUUGCCGGACUUUGCUGCAGAAGUUCAGGAAGCCAUCAGACCAGUCUUGAAUGCAAUUUAUAAGGGAGAUAUUGAGAUCUUAAAGAAGUAUUGCAGCAAGGAAUUGAUUGAAAGGUUCACUUCAGAGCGCGCAGCUUUCCAAAGUAAUGGGUAUUUUUUCGAUAACAAGCUUCUACAUAUAUCGGAAGUUGAAGUUCAAGAGACAAAGAUGAUGGGAGAAGAAGCUAUUCUCCCAUUUGGAGGUUGA